UCCUGUCUGCCAAUCCUGCUUUAUCUCGCAUCUGCUCUUUGUACUGAAUGAAGCAGGGUUUUAGCCCCGAGAGGGAAAGAAGGACAAGGAGAGCUUCUCGCCGCUCCUCCUGGAUCAACAAUAGAGGCAGGAUGGCUUCUCCCAGGACCGUAACCAUCGUGGCUCUGUCUAUCGCUCUCGGGCUCUUCUUCGUUUUUAUGGGGACAAUCAAGCUCACCCCGAGACUCAGUAAAGAUGCCUACAAUGAAAUGAAACGUGCCUAUAAAAAUUAUGCCAAGGCCUUACCAGGGUUAAAGAAGAUGGGUGUGAGUUCCAUACUACUGCGCAAGAUCAUUGGAACACUAGAAGUCACAUGUGGCAUUGUUCUGACCCUGGUUCCUGGACGACCAAAGGAUGUGGCCAAUUUCCUUCUCCUCCUAGUCAUGCUGGCAGUUUUGUUCUUCCAUCAGCUGGUGGGAGACCCAUUAAAACGCUAUGCUCAUGCUUUGGUUUUUGGUAUCCUGUUAACAUGUCGGUUGCUCAUUGCUAGGCAGACUGAGGAGCGGCCAGAAAAAGAUGAGAGCAGAGAUGGACAGGUCAAUGCACAGGAAAAGAGUAAAAUGAAGGUUUCGUAAUCUAAUAAACACAUGUUUAGCCUUACCAAAGAAAGGUAUGGCUGUUCAUACUGAGAACUUGCCACUAAAUGAAAGCUGCCUCUUAAAACAUCAACAGACAGUUGUCAAUUUCACUGACACUAGUUGCCAAUAAACAGUUAUAAUAAAACAGGAAGCUAAAGCAGGACAUUUUUGAAGUUUUAUAGUUUUUCCCCACGUAAUAAGGUAAUUUAAUGUAAAGUACAAGCCUACAUUUGGAAGGGUGGAAAAAUACUUCAGAACUCCAACAAAGCAUAUGAUGUGCAAGUAGGCUGUUCAAACAUGUCUUCAUAAUCACUGUCAGACAUGACUUUGCUUUUAUUUUUAUUUUUUUUUUGCAGCAACAUUUUCAGUGCUCAAAUGUUUCAGUGCAUUUGGAUAUGAAUAAAAAUCUUUAUAUUCUAUAUGGGGAAAAUGACAAUUUGUUUUGUUUUACUAAGACUGUUAGUUGUAUUAUCCCCUGCUGUAAACUAUGAUUUUUUUUUGCAUUAUGUAUUUACUUUCAGCACUCUCUUAAGCUUCCAUUUAGUUCAACACUCUUUAUGGAUACCUUGUACUCAUUGGCAAAAUCUAAUCUUUCUGAAAUAUCUAGUGUGAAAUUGACUUAAUGUCUGUUAUGCAGCUUUUAUGUGAUAAAUUGGGUCAGACACUUAAAAUAAAGGCUUUGCAGACAUAAAAAAAAUGUGCUAAAUGAAGAUGGGAAUUUUGGAAUCAUGCAAAGCCCCAAAUGUAUUUUGAGCUCUAGCCCUAUAAAUUUUAACAAAAUAAACAAGAAAAAAGAUAAUCUUGUUUGCUGUAUGGUAUUUCAUUUUAUUUCUGUAUGGUUUCCAUGACUUCUAUUCUUUAACAUUUAUGCAUACUUUCAAUUGUCCAUUUUGAUGUUUUUUUAAAAGUAGAUAAUGAAAUAAAUGUAAUUUCCAUUUUCUUACAAUAGGAUGGGACUAUUAUAUAUACAUAUGUGAAAGGACAAAGCCAGACAUAA